AUGGCCGGCCCAGCUGGUCCAGAUCGAGGCACGAAACGCGCGCGCUCCCCCUCUCGCUCCCCCUCGCGGUCCCCACCGCGGCAGCGAAAGCGACCUGGCCAGGGCUCCCGGAUCUCUGCCGUGGAUCGUGAGGCUGCCCGGAAGCGCCAAGAGGAGCGGGAGCAGGAAGCACAGAGGACCGCGCAUCAGGAAGCAGCCCAGCGCGGCGUACACGAUGUGGUCAAGCAGCACUACAACACGGUGCCCGAGCGCGGCCGUGAAUGGCGCGUCACCGACUCCAAGAUCAAGGGUCUGCGCAGCUUUAACAACUGGGUUAAAUCAUCCAUCAUCCAGAAGUUCAUCGGCGACGAGCGAAAUCUCAAGAUCAUGGACAUGGGCUGUGGCAAGGGCGGCGACUUGCAGAAAUGGCAGGCCUCCCGCAAGGUGGCUCUCUAUGUUGGCGCAGACCCUGCCGAUGUCUCCAUCAAGCAGGCGCGGGAACGUCACGAGCAGAUGCGAAAGCGGUCUAGGGGACGUGUUUUCCACGCCGAGUUCUACGCUAGAGACUGCUUCGGCCUGUCUCUUGAGGGGAUCCCCAUCGUCAAAGACGUGGGCUUCGACGCGCACGUUGGCCCUGGAAAUGCGGCCAGUCAGCGAUGGGGCGGCGGCGGCUUCGACAUGGUUACCAUGAUGUUCUGCAUGCACUAUGCUUUUGAGAGCGAAGAAAAAGCUAGGGGAAUGUUGAAGAACGUUUCGGGCGCAUUGAAGAGGGGAGGUCGCUUCAUUGGCUGCAUCCCGAACUCUGACGUGCUUUCCGCGAAAGUCAUUGCCCAUCACAAAUCGACAGGAGGCGCAAAGGCCAACGGCAACGGCUUCGCUGCUGAGGAGGAAGAUGACGACCGGCCCACCUUCGCCAGCGACGACGAAGGCGACUGGGAUCCGGAGAAGAGCUUGGACAGCCCGAAGCCUCAGGAUGGCGAGCAUGGCGAGGAUAAAGCCAAGGAGAAGGAGCCUAACGAGAAAGAGGACGGACAGGUCGAAGAGGAAGGGUUCGAGUGGGGCAACUCGGUCUACAGGGUCAAGUUUCCUGGCAAGACGCCGGCUGAUGGUACGUUCAGGCCUCCCUUUGGCUGGAAGUACUUCUACUUCCUCGAAGAGGCCGUCGACGAAGUGCCCGAGUAUGUCGUCCCAUGGGAGGCAUUUCGUGCAUUGGCCGAAGACUACAAUCUCGAGCUGCAGUAUCGGAAGCCCUUCCGUGAGGUUUGGGAAGAGCAGAAGGACGAUCCAGAGCUGGGACCGCUGGCGGAGAGGAUGAACGUGCGCGAACGCGGUGGUGGGCGCUUGCUGACGUCGGAGGAAGAAUUGGAUGCGGCGGACUUUUACCACGUCUUCUGCUUCUACAAGGUCUGAACAAGAGGUCGUUGCAGUGGGUUUUGUAUGAGUAUACCAUUUGGGGCGUUCGUGGUUGGCAGAUCUCAAAGGGGAAUAUUUCCCCAUCAUGGGUAUCCUUUGAUAUCCGGAGCAUCUGAUAGGAGUCUUGGAAGACAGUAGUUUGCCAUGUUUAUCGACUGCAGAACAGAGCAGCGCUUGGAAUUUACGAAAGGAGAGGCUCGGCAGUGACCUCAGUCGGAACGUUGCCCAGUCGGUGCGAUCCCGUGAUUAUGGCGCAUUGUCGUCUGAAAUUGCCGAGGUGUCACGGCUCGUUGGGGCCCGCACCAUUUCACA